CUCAAUAUAUUGCAUCAGAUUUUGCGUUCAAAACCGAUAUAUGAGUCAAAAGUAUAGCAUUUUUUUCAUACAAUUUAGUGAUUCAUUUGAUUUGUGGCACAAAUCCACACAAAACUCUUCACUCAAAGCAUUCAAUUAAAUCCAACAGACAUUCAAAAUGUUGUUUAAUAUAAUCGGAUCCCAUUGUCUUCGGGCGUCUAAAGCGCAAAGCCUUCAGAAGUUGUCUUCAAUUAGAUAUCUAAGUCAUCAACGGCUCACCUCUUAUAACACAUCAAUCCUCAACAGCCAUCGCAAUGAUCACACGCAGCGCCGGUACGCCUCCGAUGGCAAAGUGCAGGGAAUGGUGAUCGGCAUCGACUUGGGGACCACCAACUCAUGUGUGGCCGUAAUGGAGGGAAAGACACCGAAAGUGAUUGAGAACGCGGAGGGCUCGCGAACCACACCAUCGGUGGUCGCCUUCACCGCCGAUGGCGAACGACUGGUGGGAAUGCCUGCCAAACGCCAGGCCGUGACCAACGCCGCCAACACCUUAUACGCCACCAAACGACUGAUCGGUCGACGCUUUGAGGACAAGGAGGUGCAGAAGGACAUCAAAAUCGUGAGCUAUAAGAUCGUGAAGUCUUCAAACGGCGACGCGUGGCUCGAAGCGCACGGAAAGAUGUAUAGCCCGUCACAGAUCGGCGCCUUCAUCCUGACGAAGAUGAAGGAAACGGCCGAAUCGUAUCUGAAUCAGUCGGUGAAGAACGCUGUGGUGACAGUUCCCGCGUAUUUCAACGACAGUCAGCGCCAGGCGACCAAAGACGCCGGACAGAUAGCCGGACUCAAUGUCCUGCGAGUGAUCAAUGAGCCCACGGCUGCGGCCAUCGCGUACGGUAUGGACAAGACUGAGGACCGGGUGAUUGCUGUGUAUGACUUAGGCGGCGGUACUUUCGAUAUAUCGAUACUCGAGAUACAAAAGGGUGUGUUUGAGGUGAAGUCGACGAAUGGCGACACAUUCCUGGGCGGCGAAGACUUUGACAACGCUUUGGUGAACUAUUUGGCCAAAGAGUUCAAACGCGAACAGGGGGUCGAUGUGACCAAAGACGUGAUGGCAAUGCAGAGACUGAAAGAGGCGGCCGAGAAGGCCAAGUGCGAGCUGUCGGCCUCCGUUCAGACCGACAUAAACCUGCCGUACCUUACGAUGGAUGCGGGCGGACCUAAACACAUGAACCUGAAGUUGAGUCGAUCCAAGUUUGAGUCGUUGGUCGCCGAUCUGAUUAAGCGUACGAUAGAGCCGUGUCGUAAAGCCAUCUCCGACGCCGAGGUCCAGAAGUCGGAGAUACAGGAAGUGCUGUUAGUCGGGGGUAUGACUCGUAUGCCUAAAGUGCAGGAAACCGUUCAGGAGAUCUUCGGCCGCCAGCCCUCUAAGGCUGUGAAUCCGGACGAAGCCGUGGCUGUAGGCGCUGCAGUACAGGGAGGAGUGUUGUCCGGAAACGUAACUGAGAUCCUGUUGCUGGACGUGACGCCACUGUCGCUCGGAAUCGAGACGUUGGGCGGCGGAGGAGUGUUGUCCGGAAACGUAACUGAGAUCCUGUUGCUGGACGUGACGCCACUGUCGCUCGGAAUCGAGACGUUGGGCGGCGUCUUCACGAAACUGAUUAACAGGAAUACAACGAUUCCGACGAAGAAGUCGCAGGUGUUCUCGACCGCAGCCGACGGACAGACUCAGGUGGAGAUCAAAGUAUGUCAGGGCGAGCGAGAAAUGGCGGUCGACAAUAAGAUUUUGGGUCAGUUCUCACUCGUGGGUAUACCGCCCGCCCCCCGAGGCAUACCUCAGAUUGAGGUGACCUUUGAUAUCGACGCCAAUGGCAUCGUUCACGUGUCGGCCAGAGAUAAGGGCACCGGAAAGGAGCAGCAGAUUGUGAUUCAGUCGAGCGGUGGUCUCUCGAAGGACGACAUCGAGAAUAUGAUCAAAAACGCCGAGAGGUUUGCAGAGGAGGACAGAAAGAAGAAGGAUGUCGUUGAAGCCGUUAAUCAGGCGGAGAGCAUAAUACACGACACGGAGACCAAAAUGGAUGAAUACAAGGAUCAGUUGCCCGCAGAGGAGGUCACGAAACUGAAGGAGAAGAUCUCGAAGACUAGAGAAGUGUUGGCCAAUAAAGACAACGAGACGCCCGAGAAGCUGAAGGAGACGACCAAUGAUUUACAACAGGCGUCGCUUAAGCUCUUUGAGUUGGCCUAUAAGAAGAUGGCCGCCGAUAGGGAGUCACAGUCGUCGUCGUCCUCCUCAUCGUCGAGCAGUUCCUCAACCGAUGAAACCAUAGAUCAAACCGAUAAGAAGGAAAAGGAGGAUAAAAAUUAG